UCCAAUGAAUAUUAAAUAAAUAUCCAAUUUCAUUAAACCUCUGAUCACGUAAAGAAGCAGUAGAUCUCUAGUCUUUUGGUUGCAGAGGUCUUUUUGGUGCUAUCAAUGGAAAAGAAGAGAAAAAACAAAUAAAAAGGCAAAAGAGUGAGAGAGAGAGAGGGAGAGGGGUCUGUUCUGAGUCUGAUCUGUGUAGACUCUAUACUUUCUCUUCCUCUGUAUUCUUUCUUUCUUAUUAAAUCCUUCCCACCCCACUAGUUUGUCUCAUUGCUUUUUUUUUUCUUUUCAUUUGAUCCCAUGCUCUAAAUUCCAUCCUCCCCUUUUGUCUUCUCCACUUUUCUCUUUUAUCUUCUUCUUCCUUCUUCUUCCUUCUUCUUCCACAACAAAGGUAGAGGCCAUAGAUUUUGAUAAUAUCAGAAAGAGAAAACAGAGCCUACCCAUCUAGUGUGCUUCUUUCUUUUUCUUUUCUUUUUAUGUUCUUUUUUGGGUUGAAUUGAAAAAUGGGUACUGGUUGGAGACGAGCCUUCUGCACUACAAUCCCUCGAGAUCCAGCAGAUCAAACCAGAGUAUCAGAGAAGCAGCAGAGAAGCCCAAGCCCAAGUCCCAGAAGCUGUACGAGGCUUGGUUUCUUCUCCAGUGGCAGCAGCAACCCUUCAACUCCGAGAUUGCAAUCUCACCCGGUGAUCUCAACCCAGAGCUCCAUUGAUGACCGUGAAAGCCCCAGGAUGCUUGAAUGCAAAACCAGUAGUAGCACUCCCAAGAGUACAAGAACUUCCUUUCUCUCCAGCUCAAACCCAACUUCUCCCCGAUCCCCUCUCAAGCUCUCCCUCUUCAGAAACAGCUUCAAAUUUCGAAGCAACUGUGGGAUUUGCUUGAACAGCGUGAAGACAGGGCAGGGCACAGCCAUAUACACAGCAGAGUGUGGUCACGCCUUCCAUUUCCCUUGCAUAGCUGCUCAUGUGCGCGGCCAUGACAGCCUCGUCUGCCCAGUCUGCAACUGCACCUGGAAAGACGUCCCUCUCCUCGCCAUCCACAAAAACAUCAACCAAUCCCGAAACGAAGUCGUGGAGCCCACCAAACCCAAACCCAGGGAAGUGGAGAAGAAGAUAAUAGUGGAGGCCUCUUCACCCAGAGCCUCAUCGAAGCCAUUGUACGACGACGACGAGUCUCUUUUCUCUCCCACAUCUCGGAUCAUCCCUAUACCAGAAGCCGACGAUGAAGACGAAGACGAAGACGCCACAGACCCAUUCCCCGAAAACGACGACGUCGAGGAGUUCCAGGGCUUUUUCGUCAAUCCGAACCCUUCAUCUUCCGACGCGCCAACCAACGGCCGAGUUAUCAGAACCAAUAAUGUCCAGGUCAGGAUUUUACCCGAGUCCGCUUUACUCUCUUCAGGUCGGGGCUUCGACACCUACGUCGUGGCGUUGCGGGUCAAGGCUCCUCCGCCUCCAGUUUUUAACGCUUCGCGUCGUGUUUCGAUCGAUUUGGUGACGGUGCUCGACGUCAGCGGAAGCAUGACCGGCGCGAAGCUCCAGAUGCUGAAACGCGCCAUGCGUUUGGUCAUUUCGUCGCUCGGCUCCAACGACCGGCUUUCGAUUGUCGCAUUCUCGGCUACGACGAAGCGGCUGCUGUCGUUAAAGAGAAUGACGGCUCAAGGUCAACGUUCGGCCAGGAGAAUCGUUGACCGGCUUGUGUGCGGUCAGGGGACCAGUGUUGGCGAUGCGUUGAGAAAGGCGACUAAAGUGCUUGAAGAUCGGAGGGACAGAAAUCCGAUUGCCAGUAUCAUGCUCUUAUCGGACGGUCAGGAUGAGAGGGUGAAAAAUUCAGCCCAUCAACGUCAGGGCGCUGGCCACGUGUCGGCUACCCGAUUCGCUCAUAUUGAGAUCCCGGUUCGUGCUUUCGGGUUCGGUGAAGCCGGCGGCUACAGCCAGGAGCCGGCUGAGGACGCGUUUGCCAAAUGCGUUGGGGGAAUUUUGAGUGUGGUGGUGCAAGACUUGAGAAUUCAGCUCGGCUUCGAUUCCGGCUCUGCUCCUGCUGAGAUUGCAGCCAUCUAUUCGUGCAAUGGAGGGCCUACUGUGCACGGUUCAGCUUCCGUGCGGCUCGGCGACUUGUAUGCCGAGGAAGAGAGGGAGUUGCUCGUUGAGCUGCGUGUUCCCCGAGCCUUUGCUCGCGGGAGCCACCAUGUUAUGUCAGUCCGGUGCCUUUAUAAAGACCCGGCUAGUCAGGAGAUUGUGUAUGGGAGAGAGCAGGCGCUUUUAGUACCUCUCGCUGAUGCCGUUCGAUCAGCUUCCGGUCCAAAGAUCGAACUGCAUUGGAGGAGACAGCAUAAGAUCAUGGAGGAGCAGCAGCAGAUGAUGAUGAUGAUCCAACGGCGGAAAGGUGGCGGCAGCAGCGAGAGGGAGAUAGCCGUGGACGAAAACGGGGAGCCGCUUACGCCGACAUCAGCGUGGAGAGCGGCAGAGAAGCUGGCUAAAAUGGCUAUGAUGAAGAAGUCGUUGAAUAGAGUCAGCGACUUGCACGGCUUUGAAAAUGCUAGGUUUUAAUAUUUAUUUCUAGAGGGAAAAUAAAACAGCAUUUUUCCUCUUUAUUUUUAUUUUUUGUAAUUUUAAAAAUUGGAUAAUAUGGUAGUAGACGGCGCGACCCUCAUUGAUUGGGUGGAUGCUUAAA